AUGAGCUCGUUUGAGAAGAUCGUCAAGGGGGCGACCAAGGUCAAGGUGGCGGCGCCGAAGCCCAAGUACAUCGAGCCCAUCCUCCAGGCCACCCAGUACGCCAACACCCACGAAGGCGACGGCUUCAACACUAUCAUGCGCACGUUGGCCGGCCGCCUCCAGGACCUGGCGUGGUCGGUCGUCUACAAGCUGUUGAUCGUCAUCCACAUCAUGAUCCGGGAGGGCGACAAGGACGUCACCCUCGACUACCUCCGCCGCCCGCGCAAUAACAUGUUGAACCUCAGUGGCGCCCCCGCGGUGAUGCUGGGCCUGGGCAACAGUCCCGACGUCCGUCACUUAGUCCGCUACCUGAAGUACCUUCAGACUCGAGUCAAGGAGUUCGAUCUGACCGAUGUUGACUACGUUCGGGACGAGCGCACGAACAACACCACUUUGGGCCAAGGAGGGCGGUUGCGCCACUUGCCAAUCGAAAAGGGGCUUUUGCGGGAGAGUGAGCUGGUCCAGCGCCAGAUCGAUGCGUUGUUGAAGAACUCGUUCGUGGAAAACGAGGUGAACAACGACGUGGUGCUCAUGGCGUUCCGGUUGCUUGUUAACGACUUGUUGGCGUUGUUUCAGGAACUUAACGAAGGGGUGAUCAACUUGCUCGAACACUACUUCGAGAUGCUGAAGCCCGACGCCGAGAGAGCGUUGAAAAUCUACACUAAGUUCGUCGACCAGACGAAAUACGUCAUCGACUACUUGCGGGUGGCCAAGCACUUGGAGUACGCCACUAAGCUCCACGUGCCCACCAUCAAGCACGCUCCCACGGCGUUGACCUCGCUGCUUGAGGAGUACUUGGACGACCCCAACUUCGAGAUCAACCGUCGCCAGUACUUGGAGGAGAAAGCCCGCAAGGAUAGCGGCAAGGACAGCGGCAAGCCUCACCCGAAGAUCGCCCAGAAGUUCCAGUCGAAGCUUGAACGCAAUAAUAGCAGCCACAACCGCCAUACCUCGCUCAACGUGCAACAAUACAACCCAUGGGGAGACGCCGUGGACCGGCAGGUUUCCGGCCAAGCCCCCGCCGCCAUUGCCAACAACCCUUACGCCCUGCAAUUCGACAACAUCGACAUUUUUGGUCAGGCUGACCAGCAACAAGCUCAGCAACAAGCGCAAUUGCAGGCCCAACAGCAGGCUCAGUUACAAGCACAACAACAGCAGGCGCAAUUGCAGGCUCAGCAAACCGCACAGAUGCAAGCUCAAGCUCAACAGCAGGCACAAUUGCAAGCGCAACAGACUGCUCAGUUGCAGGCUCAACAGCAAGCCCAGCAACAAGCUCAGUUACAAGCUCAGCAGACUGCACAAAUGCAAGCCCAAGCUCAGUUACAGGCUCAGCAACAGGCUCAAUUACAGGCUCAACAGACCGCUCAAUUACAGGCUCAGCAGACAGCGCAAUUGCAAGCUCAACAACAGGCACUUGCUCAACAACAAGCGCAACAACAGGCUCAGCAGCAAGCCCAAUUGCAAGCUCAGCACACAGCACAGCUUCAAGCACAACACACAGCUCAAUUGCAAGCGCAGGCAACGCUGGGUGGGUUCAACUUCCAACCGCAAACGACCACCGCGACUGGGUUCAACUUCACUCUGCAGCCUACAGCGACGUUCACUUCGCAACCGGCACCGCAGCCGCUUCAGAGUCAGACCACCAACCCUUUCCUCAAUGGGACCUACACUGGCGCCGGCGCUACUCUGAGUGCUCAAACGGCGCCGCUUGCCAGCCAGGCCACCGGCACCAAUCCGUUCUUGCUGAUGAACACUGGUGCCGAGCUGAAUCCCUUUGCCACACUGCGGUUUAACCCUCAGCUGGGAACCACCGCGUUGUCGUUCCCCUCCAGCAACGGCGGCGCCUUGCGGGCGCUGCUGACGGGCGGUAAUCCGUUCCGGGUGCUGACAGCGACCCAGCGUCUUUUUGACCUGAAGACGGGCCAAGCGGUGCCCCAGCUUCGACCCCAGGCGACGGCGGGUGGACUUGAGCACCUCCCUACCGUACCGGUGUUCCCUGAGACACAAAGGGCGGCGCAGCAGCAAAUGUACUUAGCGCUGGCCCACCAGCAGUUGCACCCGCUGCAAUUUCAACAGCAAUUGGCCCAGCAGCCGAUCUAUUCUAGCUACGACGGGCCCUCGCUUAUUUAG